AUGGAUACUUCAGUAUAUAACCAUGCUUUAGAGCUAUGGACUAAAGCUGACUUAUCAGGUUUACAAAAGCAGUUAGAUGAUGAUGUAUUGGAAGUCAAAGAAAAGGAGACAAAUUCAUUGGGUUCUAGAAAAAUCCUGGCAGCUGAAACCAAGAAGUUUAAAAAAUUGCCAACAGAUGAAAAACUUGGUCAAGUUAAUAAGAUUAUUAAACAAUACCAACAAGAGAUCGAUGACCUUACUAAGAGAUCUCAAUUCUGUGAAUCUAUUUUAAUCAAUAUUUAUGCAAAACUAUCAGAAACCCCAGAUCCCAAGCCUUUGUUACAGAACUCAAUUGAUAAAUUUCAAAAUAUUGAAGAUUCAGCUGUAUUGAAAGAAAAAGUGGAUGAUUUGCAAGACAAGUUAGCAAAAUAUGCUGAUUAUGAAAGUUUGAAAUCUAGGUUAUUGGAUUUGGAACAAAGUUCUGCUGAAGUUUUAUCCAAAAGAUUAUCAGCUCAAGAGAAGGAAUUGACCUCUGUUUGGGAAGCCAAACAAAAAAAUUGGAAUGAGAAGGAGAGUGAAAUUACAAAGCAAUUGGAAAUUCUAAAGGCUAAUAACAAAGUUUUAGAGACAAAGAUAUCAAAACAAAUUGAUUUGGACGAAGGACAAGAUUCACAAGAUCAAUCCACUUCCAGUGAUGGUUCCAAAUUUGUUAAUGUAUCGGAAAGUAAUUUUUUGAUUCAAGAGUUAGAAUCUGCCCAAUCUAGAGUAUUCCAAUUAGAAAAGAGAAAUGAAGAGUUAACCAGCUCAUUAGCCAAAGCUACUAACUCUGCAGAAAAAGAAUCUGAAUUGUUAGCUAAAGAAGUUAAGAUUAGUCAACUGGAAAGUGAAAAUGCACUUUUGAGUGCAUCAGUUGAACGUGAACGUGCAUCUCAUGAAAAGGUUCAAACUACUUCAGAUGAAAAAUACAAAUUGUCCAAAGCAGAAUUAGAAUCUUAUAAAUCUGAAUUGGAGACAGUCAGAAGGAAGUUAAAUAAUUUCUCUGACUAUAAUCAAAUAAAAGACGAAUUAACUGCAUUGAAAAAAAUUGAAUUUGGUGUAGAAGAUGCUACUUCAGAUGAUGAAUUAGAAUUAGAUCAAGAUAAUUUGAAUAAGAAUAAAAUGGAGAAUACUUUGAUUUCAGCAAAUAAGAAAUUACAAUCAAACUUGGCAGAAUUACGUGCAAAGGAUGUUGGGAAAACUGAAGAGAUAAAAGCGUUGAAAGAUUCAAUUUCAAAAUUAAAUGCAAAUAUUGCUGACUUAGAAAAGUUAAAUGCAAAGCUAGAAAUUGAUCUAGAAAAAGUUGAAGAUAUUGAUCAAAAAUUCAAUGAUGCUGCCAGUAUGAGGUCUGGAGCUACGAGACAAAUACACAAUAGAGUUGGCGGUGGCGGUAAGUUAUCUCCAACAAGUUCCAUUGUCGGUAUUCCUGAAGAAUCCGAAUUACCUUCAUUAGUAAAUAAUAACUCUAUUUUACCAAUAGUUACAAAGCAAAGAGAUAGAUUCCGUACUAGAAACAUGGAACUUGAAAAGCAACUAAGACAGUUCAAUACAGAGAAGGCCAAAUUGAGAGCUGAAUUAAGCAAAUUACAAGCAGAUAACCAAAAGUUAAGUGAUCGCUCUCGUUUUACAUCCUCAUAUAAGGGUUCUUCCUCUAGCUCAGAAAUUAAUUAUGCAGACGCUGACGUUGAGGCUCAGAUAUCCAAGAAUUUUGAAGACUCAUUAAACCCAUUAAUAGAUGUUAAAAAAAAGGAAUCAGAAUAUUAUAAAACUCACAGAUUGCCAAUUACUGAAAGGUUAUUCAUGAAAUUUGCCAAUAUUGUAUCAUCAAGCAGAACUUCAAGAGCGAUCUUUAUUUUCUAUUCCUUAGGGAUUCAUGGUGUGCUGAUUGUAUUGUUAAUGUAUUUUGCAAAUUCUAAUCCUUAUACACCAAGUGAUUUGAUCAACACUUCAAAUGGUAUCUCCAGUGGUCUGGAGCAAGCUGGAAACAUAGAUAUUGGCAGUGCUAAUGCGGUUGGCGCCGGUGCUGUUGCAGGUUCAGGUUCAGGUGCAGGUGUUGCUGCUGGAAUGGCUGGUAAGGCUGCAGGUAGUAUUGCCGGUUCCAAUGCAGUUGGUGUUAAUGCCGGCCAAGCUGUUGGGCGAAAUGUUGUAGUUUAG